AUGCCUGCUUAUACCAAGACCGCUAUCGUCUCCGUCUACGACAAGACCGGGCUGCUGGACCUUGCCAAGGGACUCGUCGCCAAUAAGGUGAGAAUCCUUGCCUCUGGCGGAACCUCCAAACUGAUCAAGGAGGCUGGAUUCCCAGUUGAGGAUGUUUCUUCGAUCACACACGCUCCUGAGAUGCUGGGUGGAAGAGUCAAGACUUUGCAUCCAGCCGUUCACGCUGGUAUCCUGGCAAGGAACCUGGAGAGUGAUGAACAGGACUUGGCCAACCAGCAUAUCGAGAAAGUGGACUUUGUCGUUUGCAACUUGUAUCCUUUCAAGGAGACCAUUUCCAAGAUCAACGUCACCAUUGAUGAGGCCGUUGAGGAAAUUGACAUUGGUGGAGUCACUUUGCUGAGAGCUGCUGCCAAGAACCAUGCCAGAGUCACUAUUCUAUCUGAUCCAAAGGACUACGCUAAAUUCAUUGAGGAGCUGUCCACUGGAGAGAUUUCCAAGGAAGCCCGUGACAGAUUUGCAUUGAAGGCUUUCGAGCACACUGCCGACUACGAUGCUGCCAUCUCAGACUUUUUCAGAAAGCAGUACAGCGAAGGUGUUUCGCAAUUGCCUCUGAGAUACGGUGCCAACCCUCACCAAAAGCCAGCUCAGGCCUUUGUUUCCCAGGGCCAGCUUCCAUUCAAGGUUUUGAGCGGAUCCCCUGGUUAUAUCAACCUCUUGGAUGCUCUCAAUUCAUGGCCUCUUGUCAAGGAGCUGUCUGCUUCUUUGAACUUGCCAGCUGCUGCUUCUUUCAAGCACGUUUCUCCUGCCGGAUGUGCUGUCGGAAUCCCAUUGAGUGAAGUUGAGAAGAAGGUUUAUUUCGUUAGCGAUAUCGAGAACUUGUCUCCAUUGGCUAACGCAUAUGCACGUGCCAGAGGUGCUGACAGAAUGUCCUCCUUUGGUGACUUCAUUGCCUUGUCCAAUAUCGUCGACGUCUCCACCGCCCAGAUCAUCUCCAAGGAGGUCUCUGAUGGUGUCAUUGCACCAGGCUUUGAGCCUGAAGCCCUGGAAAUUCUGAAGAAGAAGAAGGGUGGUAAGUACUGUAUCCUGCAGAUAGAUCCAAACUACACUCCAGACUCGGUCGAGUCCAGACAAGUUUAUGGCAUUACCCUCCAGCAGAAGAGAAAUGAUGCCAUCAUCAACUCCUCCACCUUUAACGAGCUUGUUUCCAAGAACACAAGUCUGAACGAGCAAGCCAUCAUUGACCUGACAGUUGCUACCAUUGCCUUGAAAUACACCCAGUCCAACUCUGUGUGUUACGCCAAGAAUGGUAUGGUCAUUGGUCUUGGUGCUGGACAGCAGUCCAGAAUCCACUGCACCAGAUUGGCUGGUGAUAAGGCGGACAACUGGUGGUUGCGCCAACACCCUCGUGUUCUCGGCUUCAAGUGGGCCAAGGGAGUCAAGAAGCCAGAAAAGUCCAAUGCCAUCGACCUGUUUGUCACUGGUCAGAUCCCAUCUGAGGGUCCAGAGAAGACCGACUACGAGUCCAAGUUCUCCGAGCUGCCUACGCCUUUGACUGCCGAGGAGAGAAAGCAAUGGAUGGACAAGUUGACCGAUGUUGCUCUGUCUUCAGAUGCCUUCUUCCCCUUCCCAGACAACGUCUUCCGUGCUGCCAAGUCAGGUGUCAAGUACAUCGCUGCUCCAUCCGGUUCGGUCAUGGACAGGGCUGUUUUCGAUGCUGCUGACUCCUUUGGAAUCGUAUAUGCUGAGAACCCAAUACGGUUGUUUCACCAUUAG